AUGCGCUUCAAGAUGGAGCCGUUGAACCGCAGCCUGCACCUGAACUUCCAUCCCUGGAUCCUGGUGGAGAUCCUACCCCAGCCGGAAUAUGGAACCGCCAGGCCGUGGGAAGCUCCUGCCGUGUUCGACGUGCAGCUCACGGAACUGACGACGCGAGAGUUCAUGGGCUUCAGGUCCCCCUCCUCUUUCAAGCACAAGUACACGCUCCUCAACACGCACGGCGCGAAGGUUGACGAGCCAGAUGAGGAGACCAUGGGGGAGCUGGACGCCACGCGGCGAAGCCAGGCCGCGUGCUGCAAGAACAUGUGUUUCUUCUUGUGGCUGAUAUCGUUAUGCUUCCUCUUCGUGCGUUAUUAUUGUUUUGCGUGCACGUACGAAUUUGAGAAGGUGGCGAUGUUGAAGAAUUUUGUCGAGGACGACUUUCCGGUCCCAGAGGAGAGGAGAGAGCAUUUAUUGCUCAAGUGCGAGAUGACAGAGCCAGCUAUCCUCAGAUUGCUCGCGGAUUUCUUCCAGCACACCUCUGAGGGAUCCGUACACUAUGCCGACCUGGCUCACAACCACACGGGCAUAAAGGUUCCAGACGUGGUGGUGUCGGGCCUCAGCAACGUGACGCACCACGCGCUCCACCACGGCUCGCGCAUCGCGGGCGUUGCAGGUGACCUGGCAAGGCACAUUUCGAACGCCACGUCUAAGCACCUCGCGAACCUGACGGAGCGCGUCGGAAGCAUCGAGGUCGAUGAUUUGGUGGACGGCGCCGCCAAUGUCGGAGGACACCUCGCAAACGCUGGGGCCAGUGCACUGCAUCAUGGUUCGCGCGCCGUCGACCAGGCCGUCAGUGCUGAGAGGAAACCGCGGCGCUUGGAGUCGCCGACGAGCUCGCGAGCAUCUCUCUCGAAGAGCAGCUUGGAGGAGGAGCUGGAGUGCAACCCGGACAUAGAUGGCAUCCUUGCGACUUGCGAGGAGUUCCCGUUCGGAGAGCCGUGGCCCAUGCUGCCCCUCCCGGUGUUUGGGUUGUGCUCGCUCCCCGUGCCCUGCGCCCACGGAUCCACAUGCAAGGCCUCGAUGCACAUGGAGAGGUACGACUUCCCGUUCGCGUGUUUCCUCACCUUGUGGGGCGCCACAUCCACGCCUGCGGGUGCACUCUGCCCUGCCCUCUCCCGGAACUGCCCUACCCUCUCCCCGAAGCAAGUGGCCUCCCCCCUCGAUCUUGAGAUGCAGCGGGUGCUCGUGGACCACCUCCACGCCCACCCGCGCCUCUUCAGGGUGAGCGGCUCCACUAUCGAGGUGGUCGAUCAGCGCGCGGCAGCGGGCGCGCUGAGGGCGCCGUCCCAGCGGCCAGGCGGCGGCGUGCCGAG